GACUAAUCUGUGCCGUAAACCCUUAUAUUUACCAAUCCCUAUGGAACUACUCUGGAAGUUUGAAUUUUCCGCGCUGUUGUGAUUGUGUCACUUCCGUAAUGAUACGUCAUUGACAUGCGCAUUUCACUUCUGCAGUAGUCAGCAUAGACAUCAUCUAUAUAUGUCUAUGGUCGUUAGAACAGGCUGUUAAUUCAUGCUCUGGUGUUAAAGUUGAGUUUACUGUUGUUGAGUCAUGUUAUGACCAUAUCCUUGCCGAACUAAUUAAAUACCUUAUUCCCCAACCAACAGAAAGGGGCGUGUUUCUAAAAUGCAAUGUUACAGUGAAAAUACAGUCUGUAACUAUGUCGGUUUUUCUUUUACCAGAAGAAAUAUGGAUGCACGUGUUCAAGUAUCUGUCAAAGUCAGACAGAAUGGAAGUUCGUUCUUGCUGCAAAUAUUUCAAGCGUCUGGUAGACCAUCGUUCUCUUUGGAAAGACGAAAUCAUUGUGCUUCGAAGAAUUAGGUCUUACAAUUCUAAUUUCUGGAAGACACUACGCUGCAGGAUGCUCACCGCUGUCGUCGUGGUCAAUCCAAAUAUAAAAGAAUGCAAACAAAUCGUCACAUCUCUCCCAUGGCUCAGGUCAGUGACAAUAGAUUUGUCAAAUGUCGACUCCGAUGUCCUGACGAAUCUAAGCAGUUUGAGGGAGUUGAAAAGGUUGGUCAUUCGCACAUGUCAUCGUUCAUUGGCACUGGCCAAGAGUCUGAUAUUGCUACCUCAGCUUGAACAUCUGUCCGUGUGUCGCAUCCUCAACUCCGUUAGGUCAGACAUAAUGACUGCCAUAUCUCAACUCUGCAACCUGACUUCGCUACAUUAUCACGAAGGCCUCUCUCCCAUCCCUAAAAAGACUUUUCACGCCUUGUUGAAAAGCUUACCCAAGCUUAAACAUCUCUCUCUUCGAAUGUGGACAGGUCAUGGUUCUCUCCCUGACGAUUACUUGAAUUUAUCUAGAGUAGCUUUGGAUUCACCAGGUGAGCUACGGCUGGAAACCUUGUUCAAAAUUAAGUGUGUGAAUCACCGCACCGAUUUCGUUUUUCAGUUUAGAAAUAACCUACAGAUAUUCAUGUACAAUUUAAUAUACUGCACCACAAGUAUGGUAAAACCUAUCAAACUCUUCCUUUUGAGGUCUACAUAAUGGAAAUAAUGGCCUCACCAGUCUUGAGCUUCUGAACUACAUGGAUCCCAUGCUGUCACCGGUGGCUUUGAAGCAUCUACCCUUUCUGGAGAGCCUGACCGUGAAGUACAUAAGCAGGGCCACAGAGCCCAGCACGUGUCACCUGAGUGCAUGGCUACAGAGUCUGGGCCACCUCACAGAGCUUAGUGUCACCAACGGUCAUCCAUUCAGUGCCUAUGCUGAUUCUCUGCCAAGGAAUCUGAGGACUUUGUCUCUAACUGGCAUGAUGGUGGAACCAGGGGCUAUGGCAUCGGCUGGGAAGAAAGUGCCAGACAUCCUCCACCUACGCUACGACCCGUUUGUGUUCAACGGCCCCAGCUAUGUAGCGGAGAUCCCAGGGGUUUUCCCACUUUUGCAAACUCUGAAAGUCAGAUCCCACAGUGUGUCCGAGAAAGACUUACCAUGGCUUGGAGAAAUGCACCAAAUGAGGCAUCUGGUGAUUCUGGAUGCUCGUCCCGGCCACUGUCCUCUCUCUUCAGAUCUACUUUGUAAAUUACAGGAUCUGACAGGCUACAGAGUCCACGUGGUUCUUUCAGGGGAUGCGAUAGAUCCGGCCGCUUGUUUAUGCGACCUUUACUAAGUGCCUUCCAGCUUCUUUGGCAAGAAUGUUUUGAUUGUACGCUAUGACUCAGUUUUCUGUAGUAGCUUUUGUAAUCUUUUCUGUAUGGUCUAUUUUUCGUAUAAUAUUAAAACUAUUUUUUUGAUAAUGUCUUGCAGCAGCAUUCCUCUGCUAAUUGGAAAAUAAAGUACUUUUCUGUUAUUUUA